AAAAGUUCUACAUUCUUCCAUUUCUAGUAUAUCCUAAAACCCUACCGGCCGGCAGUGAUCAUUUUCAGCUCAAAAAAUGUCAGAUAUUCCGCCGGAAGUUAUCUCCGAGAUACUUUCUCGACUUCCGGUGAAGUCGUUGUUAAGAUUCAGGUGCGUAUCGAAAUCCAUCAAAACCCUUAUCGAUAGCCCUAAAUUCAUCGAAGCUCACCUCAAAAAUCAAGAACUGAAACCAAAUUCCGAUCUGAAGCUGAUUCUCAAAGCUCACAUUGUUGCUGAUAACCUUUUCUCGCUUGAUUUCACUUCAAUGGCGUCGACCCAAAUGCCCAGAGAGCUUGCACAUCCACUGAAACACCUCUAUGGACCGACUCAGGUACUGGGUUCUUGUCGUGGGUUGGUUUUGAUUUCUAAUAACAUGAAUGAUAAUGGUGUUUGGAAUCCGUCUACUAAGGUAUUUAGGAAGUUACCCUUUUGUCAGUUUAACCCUCCGAGGAAACCCCCGGGUGGACGGGGUCCGGGGUUGGCUCAGAUUCGUGGGGGGUUUGGGUUUGAUUGUUUAGCUAAUGAUUAUAAGGUGGUUACGAUUGCACAACUGUAUCAUCCUGAUGCUGAACCUUCGUUGGUUUCGGAAACGAUGGUUUUUAGUUUGAAGUUGGGUGUGUGGAAGAAGGUUCAGGAUUGUCCUUACUGGUUGCUUAAGGAGGAUAAUGGGGCUUGUGCUGGAGGUGCAUUGCAUUGGAUUGUAACGAAGGAACCGGCAGCUUGGUGGAGUCCUUUGAUUCUUGUGGGGCUUAAACUUGGAAAUGGGAGUUUUCAGGAGGUGGCGUAUCCAGAGAAUUUGGGGAAUUCGUUACAGAUGAAUUUGGCAGUGUUGGGAGAAUGUCUUUGCUUGCUGAAAGGCCAUCUCACUUGUACAAAUGCGAAGAAUCAUGUGUUGGAUCGUAUUGACGUAUGGAUGAUGAAGGUUUACGGAGUGAAAGAGUCUUGGGUUAAGUUGUUUUCAGUUGAGCAGUUAGAGGGUCGACAACAUUUCCGUUACUUGAGGCCAAUAACAUAUUCAGUGACUGGUAAGGAAGUUCUUCUGGAAAUGGAUAAUAGGAAGUUUCUUUGGUAUAGUCUUGAAAGGAAGUCGCUCAAACAUGCUAAGAUUAGCGGUGGAUUGGACACUUUUGAAUCCGUUGUCUGUUUGGGAAGUCUUGUUCCUUUAUAUGAAGGUGGCAACGAAAAGGAUAGGAUGAAAGGGAUUGAACAACGAGAUGACUCGGUGACAGUGGAAAUCAAAAUGGAACUCUGA